AUGCCCGCCCUCCUCGAAGACCCCCUCACCACCCUCCCCGCGCCACCCGCCGCCCAAACCGCCGCGCCCACCCUUCUCCCGCGCAAAGCCACCCUCAAAGACGCCACGCCGGUGACCCUGUACCCCAUCGCGGGCGGGCCGGCCACCGUCCCCGAUAGUCUCAUCGCCUACCUGCACCAGGAAUUCAGCGCCGAGAUCGUCCGCGGCAGCACGUAUCCGAUGGAGGAGCCGAUGACGCUCGAGACGUUCCGGGGGUAUUGGUUCGGGACGUUUGCGGUUGUGGCUGUUGUCGAUGAGGAUGGUGCUGGGCUCGGGCUGGUGGAGGGGAGGGACUGGGCGCGCGUGUGUCUGGGGACGUUUUAUGUGAAGCCGAAUUAUCCGGGUCGGUGCUCGCAUGUCUGCAACGCCGGGUUCUUUACGACGCCGGCGGCGCGGGGGCGCGGCGUGGGGAUGGUGAUGGGGCAGACGUAUCUGGAGGUGGCGCCGGUGUUGGGCUACAAAUACUCCGUCUUCAACCUCGUCUUCGCCAACAACACCGCCUCCGUCCGGAUCUGGGAGAAGCUGGGCUUCCAGGUCAUCGGCCGCGUGCCGCGCGCCGCGCGCCUGGCCAACAGCACCGAACUGGUCGAUGCGUUGAUCAUUGGCCGGGAUCUGGUAUAA